GGUCUACCAUUUGCACCAAGUACCUGUGAAAUUUCUGGAAGAUUUUUUGGUUUGAUAACUGGUCGGGCAAUCCUGUAGGGCCUACUAGCGCCUUUCAAAGUAAUGACACCUAAGCCAUUUGAUCUCUAUCAGAAAAAUCUGGAAACUUUGGUGACAAGGCGCUGCUGUCAGAACUGCAGUGAUUUAUAAGGAAGAUGGCAGGCAAGUCCAGUCUUAAGAAUCCGGGCACAGUUCUUUUCCUCAUUUUACCGGUAGCAUAUGCAUGUCCUGAGGGACAAUUUCUACCAAAAAAUGGUACCUGCAGACCAUGUGAUACAAAGUGUAUUGGUGGACAGGUUAUUGUUGCAAAUUGCUCCAAACAUGAGAACCUGCGGUGUGAAUGCCCGGGUAAAGAAUAUUUCAUUGAGUUGAAACAUCAAUGUUUUCCCUGCAAGAUUACUGGGGAUGGAGAGUAUUAUCGAAGAAACUGCUCCAAAUAUGAAAAUGCAGAUGUUUCCAAGUGUCCACUGGGCAUGUUUACACUUGAUCAUUAUCAGUGCCACAAUUGCUCAAAAUGCUCAGCUGGACAUAAGGUUGUCUUCAAGUGUGAUGGGUCUAGAAAUACAGAGUGCAAGGAGAUUUCAGAGCCUGGAAGCCUGUCAAAAGGAGAAAUUGCAGGUGCAGUUUUGGGACCAUUGCUGCUAUUGGUGUCUAUUGUUAUUGCAAUAUUGCUCUGUAGAAGAAAACAUGCUCACCGAAGCUCUGUAGAAGGAAAUGCCAAAGUGAAUGGUCUAAGUUCAGUAGCAAUUGAUAAUAAAGAUGUAGAGAAAGUGAGUGAUGAUGUUGUCUGUGAUCUAAAAAAGCCAGAGGAAUCAAAUCACAGGCAAACGAAAGCGGAUUAUCACAGAGCUUGUUCGCAAAUAUCACAAAAUGGAGUAGUGAACCCUCUUACUGACCAAAUUGAUGGACCCGCAACAUUGCAAGUUGAAAGUUUCAGUUGGAGUGCAACUACAAUCGAGGAACUGGAAUAUGCAGAUUUAGACCAAUUGGCCAUGAUUCUAAACAUCAAAGUCAAUAAUGACUGGCAUAAUGUUGCUUGUGGGCUUGGGUUCAGUGUGAACGAAAUUUUUUUUCUGGAGAGCCAAAGUUAUCCUGCUUUUGCAAUGCUCAAACAGUAUCGUGGCUUCAAAAAUGCCUCUGUUCCUGCAUUGUACGAGGUCUUAAAAGAGAAAAAAAGAUAUGAUGGGGCCAAAAUUCUUGAGAAGUACAUAAUCCGAGCCUCUACCUGAUUAUUCAUGAUUCAUGCGUAUCGUAACCCAACGGUACCCUGUUGGGGAAGUGAAAGAACAUAACAUGGCACGAACUGAAUACAUACAAUUGCUGCCAAAAGUGUUGAAACGCUAUCGUUAGUUUUCAAGGGCAAAUUCAGCCAUCCCUUCCCCCUUUGAGCAAGGUUCCUUUACUACAAAACGAUAUGGAGUUUAGAAAGUUCGUUUUCCCUAUGACUUGUAUGAUAUUUGUCUAAACUAGAAAGUAAAAGGGGGUGCGGAAGUAUUCGGAAAAGAUUUUAAAAAUAUAUAAACACAUCAUACACUGUCAAUUGUUCCAAGUACUUUUGGCAGGCAUUGUAUCAUAACGGGAAGAAAUCAAGUUUAGUAAAAUUUCACACACUGGAAAUAUUAUGCAGCGUUUAGUACUACUUAUUUAUGGUAGUGGUUUUUUUGAGUUAAACGUAAUAACAGUUUGAUUUAAAUUAGUCAUUGAGACCAGAAGUUAAUGGAUGACAUUUCGAAAAGCAGGGCUUUAUUCUCCCCGUGACCCUAUGGCCACUGCUCACUGGAAAUCACAUGAAAAUAAUUUUUCUCGCGGGAAAUCUCCAGUCAUGAAUUAAGAGUUCACCAUUGUUUCUGUUUCAUUUUGCUCCAAAAUUCUAUGAUAGUUUAGAUAUGAUAGUUAAGCAGUUGCCAGGGGAUACAAAUAGUGGAGUGUUAACGGAGAACGGUGAUAAAUGUACAAAACAAAAGUCCCUAAGAAAGAAAUCGAUAGAACCCAAGUUGUCACAGUACGUGCAAAAACACGAUGUUUAGGUGAUCGUUAUAGUUAGGUGAGGGUUAGGCUUUUUGCUGUGCAUAUUAGGCCACUUGACACAUCUUCAGCUUGUUGACUAGACUGAUGGAUUUGGGUGUCAUCUCCUUCUUUGACCUCAUUCUUGUGUACGAUCAUGUUUGAAUACACUUUUAUAACUGGAUCUCACAUCAAAUGACCAACUUUGAAAUUUAUCCCCACGUUUUUGAUAAUAAUUGGUUUCACAGGCUCGGUUUAUAUGCUCUCAAGAGUAAAAGGUUGUUGCUUUCAACGUCAUUUUUUUCGAUGAUUUUCUACAACUAAUUUGAUAGCGUAGAAUUGUUCAGGGGUAAAAACUGUUGUUAUCGCUGGUCGAAUUCUAAAAAUCUUUAAAGUUUUUGUCGGACUUUGUUGAUAAUUUUGUAGCAUUUAAUAUUCUUUGACUCUUCAUAUUUUUUGAUGUAAGUAACAGUUUUGAACAAAAAAAUGUAUCGAGGAACUGUAGUAAAGACAGCAUCCACUGGCACUGCCGGCACACAGAUCUGCCAGUAGUGUACAGCUCUGUACAACACUGCUUAGCCACAUAUAUAUACGGGGUUAAAGUCGUGCAUAGGAGAGAUCAAAGAUGUGGGUGGAAAAGGAUACUUCACUAACUACUCAUAUGUUGAAAUCAUGAGAAAUAUUGUGUGAACGAUACAACAUGUGAAUUGUCUUCAUUAAUCCCACCCAACCCGCCACCCAUCGCAGCCCCCUAUUUUGAUCUGUUUCAAUGUUCUACCUUCUUUAGGCAAGGCUUCGAGCUAGUUGUGAAUGGCCGGAGGGUUGCAAUAAAAUUCAAUGCUACCUGGGGUAUCGUUAUUGUAAAGUGGUUGUAUUCUAUACCUCUGUUGUAAUUUUAGAAUUGCCGUAAAUUUUCAUGAGGACAUAGAAAAGUAUUUAUCAAAGUUCAUUUUUUCCUUUAUGUCAAACCUUAUUCGUAGUUUAAUGCAGAAAUUUUAAAAUGAAAAAAAUCGUUGUUUUAUAAUAUAAUAUCAUUGAUUAAUUUGAACAUAGUUAAAUAUGCUUUUGCAGCAUCUCAUUUCUAACUAAAAUUUAUAAAGCCAAUUAACAUAUAUUGAUAUAAUACAUGUUUUAUUUCUUACACGGAAUAUUUUUCUCUUCGCAGAGUUUAUUUAAGAUUCCAUAGAAAUUAAGGCCCUUCUGAAAUUGCAAUUUUCUUUGUUUUACGAGUUUUCUCUAUUAGUUCAUCAAACAUCACAACCGAUUCAGAUUGAGAACUUUGCCACUAUUUUUGUUAGUUGGUAGUGCAGGGGAAAAGCUCAAGUGACUAUAGCUAAGCCCUUACACGGGAAAGGAAGGAGGGAGUAUAGUAGUGUAUAGCAGGGAGCCGUCUGUGGUGGUUUAAACCUAAAGCUCCUGCACAGCGCUGCGCGGAGGUUGAGAUUGCUCCGCAGCGUCUAAGCGAAAAAUUAAAGAUAUAAAAUUAAUUGACUUUUUAAAUUAUUAUUUGUUGUGUUCGUUAAUUAAUAUAUAUAUAUAUAUUUACAGUUUUUGACAAUUCUCUUUAAACUUUUUCCAUUUCUCGAAAAAGACUUCA